GCUCAGGGGUCCGCUAUCACCGUAACGUCGGGAUCGCAUGGGCAAGGACCACUUUUAUAAGGUCUGAAAAUAGCAGCGCCACAAGACACCCCGCACAACUUUAAAUCACGCGUAACCAGACGCGUUAUUGGAUGUGGGGGGGAAGAAGGGGGGCAAUAGACUAGAGACAAAGUUGACUUCGUUGCAGGUGCGAUCUAUCAGUUGAUGACAAACAUUUAUUUAUAUUUAUAUUUUCUAUCCCUAUCGGAUAGUUACCUAGGUACUUAACACACGUACCUCUUAAUUCCUUAACGUGUGAUUUGUUUGAAGACCCGCCUCUCUCCUAUUUCCCCCACCCACUUUUCGCACGAGUUGCUUUGUUAUUUGAUUGAUACAAGCAACGCAAUAUAACAAAAGACGCCAACAUGACUUCUAGAGGCGGAAACUCAGAUCGUACAAUCAUUAUGCAAGGCUCAGGGUCAGCAGCGGCGAGGCCUUCCAUGGCGCCACAGAGCUCUAGCUCUGGCGGCGUGGUCAAAACGCGGCAACUGACGCAUCUCCACUCGCAACUAGCGCAGCUCUCGGCGAACUUGGCGGAUACGGAGAACCUCCUGCGUAUGACGAGCGUGCAGGCAGAGGCUAUGAGAGGUCUGGGUAGUUGGCAUGGUGGACUAUUCAUGGCUGCGAGCAAGGUGCUAGGAGAAGAAUCGGUCAAGGAGCAACAGCCCGGAGGGAAUCAAAAAUAACUAGCCCAGAUAUCUUGUAUCAGUUUAGGCUGGCGAAUGGCCCGACGCUUUUUGGGUCUGCACUUCUCUGGGUAGCGUAUGUGAGUUAUUUCUACACGCAAUGGCUACGCCGCCCUUCGUCGUGUCUAGAGACGGGACCUAGAGAUUACGUAUAAGGGCUUUCUGUAGCUAUGUACCUAGUCUUGGGGAUGAUGUCGUGCAUGUAGCCUCGACGACACCUUUAGGUACUUACUUGGUAAGACUACCUAGGUUUCCAACGACGCAAGUAUUAAACUAGAUGUCUAGUUGUUAGCCGUGUAGUUACAGGGUCGAGAACUUCACCGAGCAAUCGGGCCUCUGGAUAGUUAUCUCAACUAGCUUAAUUAGGUGCAAUUUAUUUGAUAUUUGUGAAUAUAGUGAACGUUGAAGUUGGAAGACAACAGACGCUACUAAGUUUAAACAAUAUCUCCACUUAAAAAGAAGGCAAUAUAACUCUAC